AUGGCCCGGUUUAAGUUGGGCAAGAAAUCCAAGCGUGACGACACCACGAGCUCACUGCUGACAAUGCCUCUGGUGAUGACCGAAGACUAUGCCUAUGGAGGCAAUGGACGACACAGUGUUGGCCAGUCACCGCAGGGCUACGUGCCUGGCACAACCGCUGGCACCGUCACCCUGGAUCAGACUCUGGUGGCAGGGUCUGUCGGUGGCCCUCCAAGUGUAAUGCUGGACCUUCAUCCUCACAACGCUAAAUUUCUGUCGGGUCAUUCUCGGCAACACUCUCGAAGCUUGAAGCCAUUGCCUGCCGGGGUCACCACUCCUUGGAAAAGGUUCAAAUUGAUGAAUCUGCCUUUCCCCCGUUAUCGCCAUGCCGCUAGUGCAGUCACUAGCGACAAGAAUGAAGUCUUUUUGAUGGGCGGCUUGAAGGAGGGUCUGGUGUUUGGUGAUACAUGGAAAAUCGUACCUCACGUGAGCCACCACGAAAUUGUUGGUUACGAGGCCUCCCCCAUCGAAGUUGCCCUGAUGCAAACUCCUCCAGCUCGGGUGGGACAUGCUUCAGUGCUUUGUGGGAACGCUUUUAUAGUCUAUGGUGGUGACACUGUCGACACUGACGAUGCCGGAUUCCCUGAUAACAACUUUUAUUUGUUCAACAUCAACAAUAAUAAGUACACGGUGCCCGGUCAUAUUCUCAAUAAGCCGAACGGACGCUAUGGUCAUACCCUUGCUGUUGUUCUGCUUACAAAUCUGCUGCUGCGACUCUACUUAUUCGGCGGUCAAUUGGAAAAUCUGGUUUACGACGAUCUUUACUUCUUUGAGCUCAACACCUUCAAACUGCCAAAGGCAAAAUGGGAGUUGGUAGAGCCGCAAAACAACUUCAAACCUCCGCCUUUGACAAAUCACUCAAUGCUGGUCUACAAAAAUAAGCUCUACGUUUUUGGAGGCGUGUACAAUAAUGAAAAGGUUCUGAAUGAUUUGUGGUGCUAUGACCCUAGUAUCAACAAGUGGAUGCAGGUCCCUACUACUGGCAGAAAUCCUCCUCCCACCAACGAACAUUCGGCUUGCGUUGUGGGUGACCGUUUGUUCAUAUAUGGUGGUAACGACUUCAGUGGUAUCAUAUACUCCCUGAUGUAUGUUCUUGACUUGACCAACUUUUCGUGGCAACGAGUGAACACCGCCGGCGAAGUUGCUGGACCCGGUCCUCGUUGCGGUCAUCUGAUGACUUACGUCCCUCGCUACCAUAAGUUGGUUGUUAUGGGUGGCGAUAAGAAUGAUUACGUUAACGAAGAUCCACAUGACUUUGAUGUGUACGACACGAUUACCGGUAAUGAGGUUGGUACCAUGUUAUUUGAAUUGGAUGUGGACUUUGUGGACCAUUUCUAUGGUAACGACGGGCUUGGUGACGUUACCGAAGCAAACGAGUCACCGGUUGAUGAUGCUGCACCCAUACACUCACCUAACGUGGGCUCGAUUGUACCAGUAACCUCGCCGAAGGAACCCAAGCUGUAUGCUCGAGACAUCGCCCCUCACUCUCGAGACAUCAUAGACCCAAGGGGUACCGCCCCUCAUGCAGACGCUCUUGGAUCUCCAAUUGCACCUCCAAUUACUGAUGAAUUGGCAGGCAAUGAAUCCUUUGGUCCUUCCAAUGACGAUACUCAAGGGUAUGCAAACCAUGCCAAGCUGUACUCCGCAGGCCCUGAAGACUUUGCUCUGGCUGAAGCACUGCCUAUGGUGAAACCCGUGUCCACUCAUUCUCAUGUGCCCCCGAUUCCCAAUACUGUUAGUGCCUCAUCGGUGGAUGAAUCUUUGAAAUUGAGAAACCGCCGCAGUCUUGAUCCAGGUAAACCCGAUGGAUUGGGGUACGCGACAAAUGGUGAAGGUGGCUUUGGAUCCAAGGAAGUUAGUGGAUUUCCUGGAGCUGCUAAUUCAACUGGUGCCGUCGGUGAUACUAGCGGUAAAUCUGAUUUCUCCAAUGACCUUCCAAAUCAAGAUUACUCGGUUCCAAAGAUUCCACCACCGCUGGACUCUUACUCCUCUGGAUUCAACGAGUCGUCUAAUUCUAAGAAUUUACCCAGUCACCAGUCAGUUGAGCACAAAUCAGCUUCUGUCAAGUCCCCAGCCAUUGCAGAUGGCAUUGACGACACCGCUCCGUUGAGAGUACCGGAUUCGCGCGAUGAUGACCACAUCGCCAAUCAAAAUAAUGCUCUCAACAGAACUAUAACCAAUGAUGGUGGAAAACUCAAGGCGUUGGUAGCCGACUUGCUGGCUCAACUUAACCACUUGCGGUCAAACACGAAAGUGCAAAUGCAACAGGCUACCCAACGUAUUUCUGAGUUGGAAAAUGAGAACAAAGAGUUGCGUGAGACUGGCCAACAGCGUACCGCUGAGCAUGCGCCCCCCAUUCCUGGAUCUCUUCCAGGAGUCAGCGCACCGUCUGCCCUGGACGCCGAAGUGGCUCAGCUUCGUCUGCAAAUCGCUGAACAAAAGGAGGUCAUCGAUCAUCUCAAAUUGCAAGUCGGCCCAACUGAUUUGGAUAUCACCUCGCGUGAUCUCAACGAUUCCCCUGGUGGUGACCGUUCCCUGAUCACUGAAGUUGGUAGACUCAAAUUGGAACGUAUGGAAUAUCGUCAAAAAGUCGCUCAGUUGGAUGCUGACAAGACUAGGUUAGCGCGUCAAGUCGAGGAAUAUGAGCCAUUUAUGCAAAACCACGUGAGUGACUUAUCUAAGUUUCAACAGGUCAUCGAAACUCAGGAGCGGCAAUUGGCUCAAUUGAGUCAACUGUUGUUUGACCAAAAUAAGCUCUUGGCGGAACUUGAUGAAAUGAAAACUAAACACGCCAAUCUUGAGAGAGAUUUUGCCACUUAUCGCCAGAUUUAUCCUGCCGACGACGUAGAUGGCACACGUGAAAUCGAUGAUGCGUCGGUGAGUGCUACAAACCCGAGAAGCCUUGCUGCGGAAAUGAGAAACAUGGUUGAGGUUUGGACAAAUCACCUGGCUGAUAUUAAACAGAGAGCACUCGAACCGACACCCGCCGUCGACAACUUGCACUUGACACAACUUCAAUCUCAAUUGGAUGAAUUGAUGGCGGUGUCUAAACAAAAUGAUGAAAUGGCAUCUCGAGAAAUUAACGAGCUCAAAGCACUUGUUGAGGAAAGGCUGAAUGGUCUUCGCUCUUUCGAAGAGAAGUAUCGUGAUGCAUUGUCGCUGGUGAACCAUACGUCCAAGGCACUCAAAUUGAGUCAAGAAGAGGUCCAGAGCCAGAAGCUGAUGCUUGACAAGUUGAUGAAGGAGAACAAUGAACUCAGAAUGUUUAAAACUGCAAGCAGACGCACUCUGCUGCGUAGCGCGACACCUAUGGGUACCCCAGGUGGACCGGGAGCCGCCGAAGGAUUACCACUGGUUGCGCCAAUUGCUGAGGACCUGGACGACGAAGAUGUUACACGAAACACUCAUGCAAAUUUGAAGAUUAAAGAUUUGGAAGCCGACCUUUUUAUUUUGGGACAAGAGCGGGACUCAUUGAAAGAUCAAGUAGUGUCUUUAAAGAAGCAAUUGUAUAUGGCGCAAAACGAUGCGCCUUGA